AGGCUUGUCCGUCUAAGCAGAAAGAAAAUAUAAAGAGCACAGCUUGUCAGGUGUCGAUAUUCACGCUGUACAGGUGAAGCUCACAGGUAACUCUCAAGUGGACACAGUUAAUUCUCAGAGUCUCCAGGAUCAGAGUUAAUAUGGAAUGGAUGACCUAAGAGGGCACAGAAACUAUUCAGGAGGAAGUGCAGGAGACAGAGACUUCACUGAAACAACAAUCUCCACAAGACUUACAUCUUUGCCUCCACGAGGCAUCAUUGCUUCUUCCAACAAGGGAAUGUCAAGUAAUGCAGGGCCCACUAGCCUGGAGAAGAACAUUUUAACUCAAAUCAACGACAGUUCUCACAUCUCAUCCUCCUCUGUGGGUGUGAGCGCAGAUGGGUUAGGCUCUGGAUCAAGGGAAUUUCUGGCAAAGGAGUUGUCUGUGAGUGAGGGCAGGAAGGCAGAUGGUGCCUCUGCAGUUUUUGAGAGUUCCUUUGGAAUCGACUCAGGUUCCAGGGUGAGAUCCAGCUCUGAGAGCAUGAGAAGAACACAAGAGUCCUGCAGCUCCCCUUUGUUUCUGGAGAGGAAAAACAUGACCACUCAAUCAAGACGUUAUGAUGGGAGUUCAAGUGACAACUCAUCCCCAGAGAUGACAAGAAAAGACUAUGGUUCAACUAGAGGAAGAAGUCAGAGCAGGGAGACAGAAAUCAGGACCAGACUGCAGAGUGCAUCUCCCUCCACUAGAUGGACAGAGUUGGAUGAUGUGAAGAAGCUGUUGAAGAGAUCACGCUCUGCCAGCAUCAGCCCCACACGAUCUCCCUCUUCUUCCCCCCUGCCUGUACCCCGCAGGGCCACAGUAGAGGCCAAGAUCUCCACCAAGCCAGUCGAGCAAUAUGACACCACUAUUCUUGACACCCAUCUGGGCUCAUACACAUGGAAGAGCUCUACUCUGCCCUCUUCAGUGUCCACUGGUACUGCUUACGGUCUGCACAGCAACACAAACAACAUGUCAACAGGAACUUCUGUUGUCAACAGCACAUCACCAUCCUCCUUAUCAGUCGAGCAAUAUGACACCACUAUUCUUGACACCCAGCUGGGCUCAUCCGCAUGGAAGAGCUCCACUCUGCCCUCUUCAGUGUCCACUGGUACUGCUUACGGUCUGCACAGCAACACAAACAACAUGUCAACAGGAACUUCUGUUGUCAACAGCACAUCACCAUCCUCCUUAUCAGUGUAUGGCUUCCAUAACAAUUUAUCUCCUGUUAGUGGAGUUUUAACUUCCAGUGGAGUUCACACACUCUCAGGAUACGGAGUGAAGAAAAAUUAUUCAUCAAGUCCAAGCAGCACUUUUGCUGUUAGUACAGGCGUAUCCACUUCAGGAACUGGUACAAGGCUCCAUAAUGAGAAUGUAGCAAAGAGAUACCUGAUGCUGGAGAAAGAGAACAUUCCUGUGAAGAGAGAGACUGAAGAACUCAUUCUGACCAAAGACAGUGGCAAACAAUUUACCAACAGCGCCCCCAAUGGGACAGCUGGGUCAUACUCAGAUGCGUCAGUGAAGAAAGAAACUGCAGUAAGCUACUCUGAAAGAGUCCCUGUCAAGUCCACCUCUGGCACACAAUAUGGGUCUACAUCAGUGUCAACAAAAGAUAAAGCUACAUAUGCAGAGAUUAAUAAGGUGAAGGAUGAUGAUGACUGUAAGUGUGGAGGGGGUUUUUGGGGCUGUGGGCCUCAGUGCUGUUCCUGGUGGAAGUGGCUGCUGGGGUUUUUGCUCAGCCUCCUGUUGCUCCUUGGCCUUCUUUUUGGACUCAUUGCUCUAUCUGAAGAGGUCAAGAAACUAAAGGCUCGUGUAGGCACUCUCGAGGGAAUGUCUUCCUCCAUGUCUGCCCACACAAGUCGCCUGUAUGCUUCUGUGGAUGACAUUAACAAAUAUAAUAGUGGUGCAAGUAAACUGGCAUAUGAAAAUUCACUGGGGAAUGAAAAUUUGGGGUCUGCAGUCUAUUCAGAUAAUUCAGCACUACAGAGAAAUGUACAGCAAAUCCUGAGAGCAGAGCUGCAGUCUGAAGCCAUGAAAGCCUUCCUAGCUCCUUCAAUCAAAGGUGAAAGAGGAUUGCCAGGACCUAAAGGUGACGCUGGAUCUCCAGGGCCCAAGGGAGACAAUGGUUUUCCAGGAUUGCAGGGCCCACCAGGAAUGCCAGGACAUCCAGGAAGAGAAGGAUCAAAAGGAGAAAAAGGAAGUGCAGGUGAACAUGGUGCAGAAGGACCACCAGGGUUCAGGGGGAGAGAUGGACCAACUGGGCCCCGUGGAGAGCCAGGGCCCCCAGGAGCUGGAGAGAAGGGUGAAAGGGGUAUCCCUGGUUUUCCUGGUCCUCCUGGUCCGGUUGGUCCACCUGGGCUUAAAGGUGCUAGUGGUUUACAUGGUGAACAAGGCCCUCAGGGCUUCAGAGGUGAAUCUGGCCCCGCUGGACUUAAAGGUGAUAGAGGACUUCCUGGCCCACCUGGAAUUAAAGGUGAUCAUGGUGACAAAGGAGACAAUGGGUUACCAGGUGUUCCUGGGGCUGCUGGUCGACAGGGGCCUGCUGGUGAGAAAGGAGCUAAAGGAUCAGCAGGGCCUCAAGGAGCUGAUGGUGAAAAAGGCCAAAGAGGUGAACCGGGGUCAAUUGGUUUACCAGGAAUUAGAGGACCACCAGGACCACCCGGUGAUGCUGGCCAACCAGGAACUCCAGGGAUUCAGGGACCUCCAGGCAUUCCUGGCAAUCCUGGUUCACCUGGGGCUAAAGGUGAGACUGGUGCACCUGGAAGAGUGAUCAGUGCAGCAGGCUCUAGCUCAGUGGCAAUCCCAGGAGCGCCUGGAAGCCCUGGUCCUCCUGGCCCACCUGGAUCUCCAGGACUCUCAGGUCCUGUUGGCCCUGCUGGACAUCCUGGUCAACCUGGUCCUAAAGGUGAUAAAGGAGAUCAAGGAGAACCGGGUAUUGUAGUGAAAACUAGCGAGACCUUGAGUUCAACGCGAGCAGAAAGACAGGAUGGUUCUGCUAUUGCUGCUGUUCCUGGACCUCCCGGUCCUCCUGGUCCCCCAGGGCCUCCUGGACAUCCAGGAAAUUCUAGACCAGGUCCACCAGGACCACCUGGCGAACCAGGCCCCACGGGGUAUGGCAGACCAGGUCCAAAAGGAGAAAAGGGAGAUCCAGGAAAUUUUGUGCCUAAUUCAGGAACAUUUUUUGCAGGUCCACCUGGGCCGCCAGGACCUGCAGGGCCUAAAGGAUCGACAGGUGCCCAGGGUCCAAGGGGAUAUCAAGGGGAACCAGGUCAGCCUGGCCUUCCAGGGAGUUCUAGUAGAGUUAUCUCUGAAUAUGGUGUGGGUCAAGGUCCGCCUGGCCCCCCAGGGCCUCCUGGACCACCUGGACGAGAGGGCCGUAAAGGGGAUCCUGGAGCACCAGGUUCACCAGGAUUUCAAGGAGACUCAAGAGGGCCAGUUGGGCCUCCAGGGCGACCUGGUCCUCCAGGCCCUCCUGGCAUUCCCGGUACUCCAGGGCAUUCCAGUGGGUCACAUUCUGCUGCGGACUAUCGUCGUUACAUCAUGGAGUAUAUGCAAAGUGACAGCAUGAGGCAGCAGUUGUCUUCCAUGCAGGGGCCACCUGGUCCACCUGGAGCUUCAGUGUCUGUGGAGGAUGUGGCAUCUCGGGUCAUUGCUUACAUUCAGCGCUCUGGAAUCAGUGGUGGCAGGAUAAGUCAAGGUGCUCAAGGCCCACCAGGUCUUCCUGGCCCUCCUGGAAGUCUAACUGUUGACUCCAUCAUUUCCCUUUUACAGAGAGACGAUGUGAGGCGUUAUGUGGUUGGUCCUCCAGGACCACCUGGUACACCUGGCAGUAGUGCUGGUAACUUCAACACACAGGAAGUGGCAAACUAUGUCAUCCGAUUAAUGAAUGACCAGGGGAUGACAGGUAGAACUGGACCACCAGGCCCUCCCGGCCCUCCUGGCCAGCCAGGAUCUUCCUACAGUGACAUAGCCAGUCUAAUUCAGAGGUCAGGGCUUAGUGGAGGCUUAGGACGUCCAGGGCCUCCUGGUCCUCCUGGGAUACAGGGACCCCCUGGUCCCCCAGGGAGCAGUUCCUCUGUGGUCUCAGGUUACAGACUUGAGGACAUCCAGCGCUACCUGCAGAACAGUGGUUUUAGGGGACCCCCUGGCCCACCAGGACCCCAGGGUCCUCCAGGAGACACUAGAGGCCUUGUAUCAUAUACUGGAUCUUUCCAGCGAGACCAGAUUCGUGCUGAGCUGCAGGAAUACUUCAACAGUGACACUAUACGACGUUACGCCCAUGGUUCCCCUGGGCCUCCCGGGCCCCCUGGUCAGAAGGGUGAACGUGGUGACCCUGGACACAGUUAUCAGAAUAUUGGAGGCCAAUCCCAUUAUGGCACUGAGAUUACUGAUCCAGUGGACUAUUCCAAUGUUGCACUAAAAGUGACUGACUACAUUAAGAACCAGGGUCUACUGGAGGAUCUGACAGAGGGGUAUUGGAGAGGACAAGCAGGAAGAAUCCAAGGACCCCCUGGGCCUCCUGGUCCUCCUGGCCCACCCGGGUACAGCCGUGUCAUGGCUGCCUAUGGGAACGUGACUGCAGACCUCAUGGACUUCUUUAGAACACAUGGGACCAUUCGAGGGCCACCUGGCAGGCCCGGACCCAAAGGAGAUAGAGGACACCCAGGACCAAAAGGAGACAAAGGGGAGACAGGAAGUUCAGGAAUACCUGGCCUGCCGGGACAAAGAGGACCUGAGGGACGAAGAGGAGAAAAGGGCGAAAGAGGUGAUAUCCAGACUCAUAGAUCGAGGAGGAGCACUGGUGUGUAAGGGUUUACAGUCGCAGCAGCACACUUUUGUGGACAUACUUACAAAGGCAUGCAGACUUCACAUUUAAAGAAAAUUGACAUAUCUUUAAGAAGAUAAAUACAUAAACUUGCCUCUCUAUAUGAAGUAAUACAGGUCAGAGGCUUGUUUGGUUCCUAUCAUAUCACAGUAAACAGUUUUUAAUCAAACAAAUGCAUGCUAUAUUUAAUCCAAACAUCACAAAUUAUGCUUUAUUAGUGUGGAUUUAAGACAACAGUCUUAGUCUUAAUUUUGUAUCUAACAUCUGAUAUAACAAUAGCACUUGAUAUCUAUUUUUUUUUUUUUUUUUU